AUGACAGUUCAAGACCUUGCCGUCUUCGAUUUCGAUUGGUCGCUUAUUGAAGCCGACAGCGAUGCCGCCGUGCUAACUGGAUUAUCAUCCGAGCAGUGGCAAAGGGCUAAGACCAUGACCAACACUCAAUGGACCGAUCUCAUGGAUCAAUCAUUGUGUGAACUACAAGACCAAGGCUAUACGCUUGACAAGAUUGAAAAGGUGCUACGCAAUGUGCAGCUGGUACCAUCCGCAAUGGAUCUCCUCAAAGCUCUCAAGGCUAAGAAUGCACGUGUGCUUGUCUUGUCUGAUGCCAAUACCCACUUUAUUGAUAUCAUUCUCAAGGAACACGGCGUACGUGAUCUCGUCAGUGACAUCAUUACCAACCCAGCAUACAUCGAUGACCAAGGUCGCUUACGCAUCAAACGACGUAUUCUUGCAACUGAUCCACAACACAAUUGCCCCAACCCAUGUGGCGUCAACAUUUGCAAAGGUCAAGAGCUUGACAACUAUAUUGCCACCCAUGGCCCCUUUAGAAACAUCAUGUAUGUUGGUGAUGGAAAGAAUGAUUAUUGUCCUGCAUUAAGGCUGAAGGCAUCGGAUCAAUAUUUCGUGCGCUCGGGCAAGAGACUAGCUGACAUGUUGGCGACGGAUGUGGACGCAGCUGCCAAGCUCUUGGUACCCAUCACUUAUUGGGAGAAUCAUGAAAUCAUUGUACAAUCCCUUUUGUAA